AUGUCAAGAGAGAGAACUAUCUUGAAAAAAGGGAAUAGAGUGGAAUACAGCCAGGAUAUACUCCUAGAAUAUUUAAAAGGAAUGGCAAGUGGGCUUGAUUCUACAUUUAUUAAAGUGAAUGAGCUGGCAGAGAAAAUAACCAUGGGUGUGUGUGAUGAUAUGACCACAGAGGAAUUGGGAGUACUUGCGGCAGAGACAGCUGCAGAUAUGACAACAAGCCAUCCUCAUUACUCUUUACUAGCAGGGCGGAUAGAAGCAUCAUUUCUUCAGAAGAGCACACCAAGUAAAUUUUCUGAGGCAAUGAUGAAGUUGUCUAAUUCAAUCAUAUAUGGAACAGAUCUUAAAACAGAGAUAAUUUCAGAGAAGAUACUUGAUAUAAUUCUGAAGAACCGAGAGAGAUUGGACAGCGCCAUUAAAGACGAGAGAGACUUUGAAUUUUCUUACUUUGGAAUUAAGACACUGAAGCGCUCGUACCUUCUAAAGUCAAACAAUGUAAUUAUAGAAAGGCCGCAGUAUUUAUGGAUGAGAGUGAGUGUGGGAAUCCAUGAGAAUGACAUUGAAUCUGUUAUACAAACCUAUGAGCUUAUGUCUACCAAGCACUUUAUACAUGCUACGCCUACUCUUUUCAACAGUGGAACCAUUUCACCACAGCUGUCCAGCUGCUUUUUAUUGGCCAUGCAGAGUGACUCAAUUGAUGGAAUAUACAAUACGCUUAAGCAGUGCGCAGUGAUAUCAAAGCAUGCAGGAGGGAUUGGUGUGAACAUCCACAACAUUAGGGGCACUGGCUCAUACAUUAAGGGAACCUUUGGUCAUUCGAAUGGGAUAAUUCCUAUGCUGAGGGUGUUUGAUGCCACAUCAAAGUAUGUUGACCAGGGAGGUAAUAAGAGGCCUGGAUCAAUUGUUGUGUAUAUUGAGCCAUGGCACAGAGACAUAUUUGACUUUUUAGAUUUGAGGAAGAAUACGGGUAAGGAAGAAAUGAGGGCAAGAAAUUUGUUCUUAGGACUAUGGGUACCUGACUUAUUUAUGAAGAGAGUUGAAGAAGACGGCGACUGGGCGCUAUUUUGUCCUAAUAUGGCAAAAGGCCUGCAUGAGAAGUACGGAGAUGAAUUUGAAGAACUGUAUGUACAGUACGAAAAAGAGGAGAGAGUUGAGAAGAAGGUGGUUCCAGCAAGAAAGCUGUGGAAGGCAAUUCUUGAGGCAGAGAUUGAAACAGGCGUACCGUACAUUCUCUAUAAAGACAGCUGUAACAGAAAGAGCAACCAGAAGAAUCUUGGAGUGAUCAAGGGAAGUAACUUGUGUGCUGAGAUUGUUGAGUACACAGACCCAAAUGAAAUUGCAGUGUGUAACCUGGCAUCACUUGCACUUCCAACAUACAUUGAAAACAAUGAGUUUAACUUCAAUAAGCUAAAGGAGGUCGCAAAAAUAGUAGCUAAAAACCUGAACAAAAUCAUUGAUGUAAACAAAUACCCAUUAGAACAAGCUAAGAAUUCUAAUAUGAAGCACCGCCCUAUAGGAAUGGGUGUACAGGGUCUAGCAGAUGUGUACAUUCUCCUGGGGUAUCCAUUUGAGAGCAAGGAAGCAGCAGAGUUAAACAAAGCAAUAUUUGAAACCAUUUACUUUGGUGCGCUUGAGGCAUCAAAUGAACUAGCACAGAAGUACGGCCCAUACGAGUCAUACGCAGGCAGUCCUGUGAGCAAGGGAAUACUGCAGUAUGAUAUGUGGGGUGUCCAGCCUUCUAACCGAUGGGACUGGGCCGGCCUUAAAAAGAAGAUCGCUGCCCACGGUGUAAGAAAUAGUUUGCUAGUGGCUCUCAUGCCAACUGCCUCAACCUCCCAAAUUCUUGGAUUUAAUGAGUGCUUUGAAGGAUUCACCAGUAAUAUAUACACUAGAAGAACACUCUCAGGAGAAUUCCAAAUUGUGAAUUCUCACUUGGUAAAGAAUCUAGCAGAUUUAGGCCUGUGGGGACCAGAGAUGAAGAACAUUAUUAUUGAACAUGAAGGAUCAAUUCAAAACAUUCCCAGCAUACCGGAUAGUAUCAAACAGUUGUACAAAACUGUUUGGGAAAUAAAGCAGAAAGCUGUAAUUGAUCAGGCAGCAGACAGAGGUGCGUAUGUUGACCAAAGUCAGUCCAUGAAUAUUCACAUUUCUACACCAACCUUUGCCCAACUAACAAGCAUGCACUUCUACGGAUGGAAAAAGGGACUUAAAACAGGAACUUAUUAUUUGAGAACCAAACCAUCCCAGGCCGCAAUUAAGUUCACCGUAGACAAACAGCAGGCACAGGAAUACUUACAGAAGGAAUCUGCACCAGCUCCUGCCACAUGCUCCCUUGAUGGAGACUGCUUAAGCUGUGGAAGUUAAUUAAUAAAAUGAAUUAUUACGUGA